AUGGAGGGUAUAGGUGACCCACAAGCCCUCGUAUGGACAAUAAUUGGAUGGAAGAUGCAUUGUUGGAAGUUGAGCAAGAAAGACAAGGAGAAGGAUGAGUUUCUUGCUUCAUUACAAGCUGAUAGAGAGAAGGAAUUGAAGAGUACAAAAUUUUCUGGGGUUUUCUUGAUUUUGAAGCUGUUUUUCAAGAUAAUCAUGAUGGGUAGAUCGGAUGAGAACUUUCCAGGCGUGAUCAGGCCUUCAAACAUUCAAGGUGGUUUGAGGGCUGCUGGAGCCGGGCAAACUAGGAGGGCACUGGGUACAAUCAAUAGGAACAUAAUUGCACCUCCCCCUUAUACAUUUGCUGUCCACAAGAGAGGUGUUUUAACAGAGAAAAAUGCUGAUGGAAAUAAGAAUCCUGCCAUUCCCAUUCAUCGACCAGUCACUAGGAAGUUUGCUGCACAAAUGGCUGGCAAUCAGCAGCAGCAAUCACUUGAGGAAGUCAAGCCAUCUCUCCAACCAGUUUCUAAUGGAUGGAAAUCUGAAGACUGCCUUAUUAUUGAUGUAGACGAGGCCACGGGCGACUUUGAUAUGCCGAUGUUUGUUCAACACACAGAAGCUAUGCUGCAAGAAAUUGAUCGAAUGGAUGCUGAAGUUGAAAUGGAAGACAUUGAUGAUAUGGAGGAGCCAGUUGUAGACAUAGACAGUGGUGAUAAGAAAAAUCCACUUUCAGCAGUCGAGUAUAUUGAUGAUAUAUACGCGUACUAUAAGAAGACAGAGAGUUUAAGCUACGUCCCGCCAAAUUAUAUGACACAACAAUUUGAUAUUAACGAAAGGAUGAGAGGUAUUCUCAUUGAUUGGCUGAUUGAGGUGCAUUACAAGUUCGAGCUGAUGGAUGAGACCUUAUAUUUAACUGUCAAUCUCAUCGAUAGAUUUUUAGCAGUACAUCCAAUUGUGAGAAAGAAACUCCAACUUGUUGGGGUGACAGCUAUGCUUCUUGCUUGCAAAUAUGAAGAAGUUACCGUUCCUGUUGUGGAAGAUCUCGUAUUGAUUUCUGACAAAGCUUACUCUAGAAAGGAAGUUCUUGAUAUGGAGAAAUUAAUGAUCAAUACCCUUCAGUUCAAUCUUUCAGUUCCAACUCCUUAUGUGUUCAUGAUACGAUUUCUCAAAGCUGCUCAAUCUUAUAAAAAGUUGGAGCUGCUAGCCUUCUUUUUGAUCGAAUUGUGCCUGGUUGAGUACGAGAUGCUUAGGUUCCCACCCUCUUUACUAGCAGCUGCUGCUAUUUUUACUGCUCAAUGUACUUUCAGAGGGGCGACGCUGUGGAGUAAGACUUGCCAGAAGCAUACAAAAUACAUUGAAGACGAACUUCUGGAUUGUGCCAAACUCAUGGUAUGCUUCCAUCAGAAGGCAGGCACUGGGAAGCUUACAGGUGUGCACAAGAAGUACAGUACAUACAAAUACGAGUAUGCAGCUAAAGCAGAACCUGCUGUUUUUCUGUUAGAAUGUUAA